AUGGCCGAGGCCGAGCGGGGCCUGGGUCAUCGAGGCGGAAGCUCAUUUGAUGUAGUCGUUAUCGGUGGCGGAAUUGUGGGGCUUGCCUCUGCCAGAGCACUCAUCCUACGACAUCCAACACUUUCCAUUGGUGUCCUGGAAAAGGAGAAAGAAUUAGCUAUUCACCAGACUGGACAUAACAGUGGUGUCAUACAUAGUGGAAUUUAUUAUAAACCGGAAUCUCUAAAAGCUAAAUUAUGUGUACAGGGUGCAUCCCUCAUCUAUGAGUACUGUAACCAAAAGGGAAUUUCUUACAAGCAGUGUGGCAAGCUUAUAGUAGCUGUCGAACAAGAAGAAAUUCCCAGACUUCAGGCCCUUUAUGAGAGAGGCCUGCAGAAUGGUGUCCAGGGCCUGAGGCUGAUCCAGCAGGAGGAUAUAAAAAAGAAGGAGCCAUAUUGUAGGGGUCUGAUGGCUAUUGAUUGCCCAUAUACUGGCAUUGUGGACUAUCGUCUGGUGGCUUUGUCAUUUGCCCAGGAUUUUCAAGAUGCGGGUGGCUCUGUCUUGACUAAUUUUGAAGUAAAAGAUAUUGAAAUGGCUAGAGAAAGUCCUUCAAGAAGUGAAGAUGAGAUGAAAUAUCCAAUUGUUAUAAGGAAUACAAAGGGAGAGGAAGUUCAAUGUCAGUAUGUUGUGACUUGUGCAGGACUUUACUCAGACCGUAUUUCCGAGCUGAGUGGCUGCAGUCCCGAUCCUCAAAUUGUACCAUUCCGGGGGGAUUACUUGCUCUUGAAGCCAGAAAAAUGCUAUCUUGUGAAAGGAAAUAUUUAUCCGGUCCCAGAUAGCCGGUUUCCUUUCCUAGGAGUUCACUUCACACCAAGGAUGGACGGCAGUAUUUGGCUAGGGCCUAAUGCCGUUCUUGCCUUCAAACGAGAGGGCUACAAACCCUUUGACUUCAGUGCCCGAGAUAUUACGGAUGUAAUUACCAAGAGUGGUUUGAUUAAACUGGUGUCCCAGAAUUUCUCCUAUGGAGUCAGUGAGAUGUAUAAAGCCUGUUUUCUCAGUGCAACAGUGAAACACCUUCAGAAGUUUAUCCCUGAAAUUACUGUCCGUGAUAUACUUAGAGGUCCAGCUGGAGUAAGAGCCCAAGCUCUGGAUCAAGAUGGAAAUCUGGUAGACGAUUUUGUAUUUGACGGAGGAGAUGGGGUUAUUGGAAAUCGCAUUCUUCACGUGAGAAAUGCACCUUCCCCUGCUGCUACUUCGUCCCUUGCAAUUUCUGGAAUGAUUGCAGAUGAAGUACAACAAAGAUUUAAACUGUAAAUAAUGAAAGGAGCUAGCUACGCAUUUUAAUCUCCACAUUCAGCAACAUCCACAAGAACGUACUAAUUGAAUUCUUUAAUUUUUAAAAAAUGGUUUGAAAGUAGCAUUUUUAGUUAUCUCGUUUAAUAACCACUGAAUUGUUAAACUGAUAUAACAGAGAAAUAAUUUUUUAAAGUCCAUGUUCUUUUACUUAGAGAAUAAAGAGAAAAGGUACAGUUGUACCUUUUCCUGAAUCCUUGACUUUUCUUUUUUUUUUGUUUUGUUAAUCCUCAUCUGAGGAUAUUUUUUCCAUUGCUUUUCAGAGAG